AUGGCCGUCACACAUGCCUUUGGCGGAAAGUCCGGGCAUCACACGUCGCGGAUGAGCCGAGAAAUCCAGAUCUCCCUCGGCUCAGGGGUUGUCAAGAUCCAGGCGCUACGCAGCCUGGAGCUUACCCAAAAGAACGGCCGUCUUCUGCACCACCUCAAUAGCUGGUACAAGCUACUGCCUGCUUUGCCUUUGCUGGAGCGCCUGACACUGCGAGGCUUCCGCAUGGUCGACGCAAACUUCCCAACACUGCCGCAGCUCAAGGAGGCGCACUUCUACGACUGCUCCUCGUCCGACUCGGAAUCUACCACAAAGACGCUCCUGGAAAAACUUUCUUCGCUGCGCACAUUUCUGAACUUCAACACCUUUGGUAAGGUAUCUCACGACGCGUUCGAGCCUGUCAAGGACACGCUGGAGACACUGGCCUGGGUGGACACGGCGCACGAAUACCCCACCGCUCUCAUCCCCAACAUCGGCUGCCUGCGCAAGCUCCAACACCUUAAGACCGGCUUCCUCAAAAACCAGUACGAGGCCGGCUUCAGAGGCGUUUUGUUCUGGAAUGGCAACUGCCUCAUGGAGAUGAAGCCGCUCGAGACGGUGGAGAUGGUCGUAGGCGAGGACGAGCAGUGUUUUCUUCGCGCGGAUCGGAAGGUGCGGCUACAGAGGGUGAUGAGCAGGAUCCUGGGAACCUUUGGGGCCAUGAAGAUGGCGGGAGGGGUCAAGGGCUUGAGGGUUGUGGACAUGCGGUGCUUUAAAGACUGGUCUGAUGACGUCCUGCUGUGGCAGAUGUUAAAGGUCGAGUUCAUGGCCGUCACGGUGAGGAGGUUCGAGAAGCUCGGGGUUACGCUGUUGCUUCCUGGCAUGUCUAUCGGAUUGUAG